GUGGCUGAUGGCCACAUGGUUGGGUUCACCUCUGGGUUCACAAUGACCUCGAAUGAGAGCAGCUUGAACGUUAACGAUUCUGGAGACUUUGAUUCUGUUGUGGGAGCUAUGAGCGGCAGGAGCAAGCGAACGGCUGCAUCCAACUACGAUGUGAACACGCCCAAGAAAGCUAAACUGGCCAAUGCAGAUACCAACGAGGCUGAAUCUACAGGAAGCAAGAAAAGGGGGAAAAAUGCCUCGAUAACUGUGUCGCAAGCAACUCCCGUUGCUAAGCCCUCAGUGAGCCAGCUGUUCGAGAGUCUAGAGUAUGGCCCCGCCCCCGAGUCCCCUGCAGUAGCUAAUGCCUGGUUGGACGAUCACGGUCGUAACUUUGGUCACUUCAUUAAUAACCAGUGGGUGAAACCAGCAGGGAGGAAGACCUACGACACAGUCAACCCAGCUAAUGGAGAGAAGUUGGCUAGCACUAUUCAGGGCACCCAGGAGGACGUGGAGGUGGCCGUGGGUGCUGCCAGCAAGGCUUACGAGAGCUGGAGCAAGCUAGCCGGUCAUGUGAGGGCCAGGCAUUUGUACUCUGUCGCUAGACACAUCCAAAAACAUGCCAGAUUGAUAUCUGUGCUUGAGAGCUUGGACAAUGGCAAGAGUAUUCGUGAGAGUCGUGACUGCGACAUCCCUUUGGUAGCCAGGCACUUUUACCACCAUUCGGGGUGGGCUCAACUCAUGGCCGACGAGAUGAAGGGAUGGUCUCCUGUGGGUGUGGUGGCUGCCAUUGUUCCGUGGAACUUCCCACUCAUGCUCCUCUCAUGGAAGGUGUGUCCAGCCCUGGCCAUGGGGAACACAGUGGUGCUCAAACCAGCCUCAUACACUCGUCUCACUGCCCUGCUGUUCGCCGAAAUAUGUGCAGAGGCAGGCCUACCCCCUGGUGUGUUCAAUGUGGUGACUGGCAACGGAGCGUUUGGUCAAUCUCUAGCCACCCACUCUCUAGUGGACAAGGUUGGAUUCACCGGCUCCACACAGGUGGGUCAGAUCCUCCGCAAGGCAACAGCUGGCACAGGUAAAAAGAUCUCGCUAGAGCUGGGAGGGAAAUCUCCCUUUGUGGUGUUUGACUCUGCCGACCUGGACAGCACAGUGGAGGGUGUGGUUAACGCCAUUUACUUCAAUCAAGGACAGGUGUGCAGUGCUGGCAGUCGACUGAUAGUGCAGGAGAACAUUGCUGACCGACUAGUGAGCAAGAUCAAGAACAGGAUGGCCAAACUGCGGUUGGGGGACUCUCUAGACAAGAGCAUAGACAUGGGUCCGAUCGUGGACCCAAGUCAACUCAAGUCCAUUGACAAAUACGUCCAGCAAGCGAAGGCCGAGGGUGCAGAUGUGUACCAGGCGUGUGCAUGCAUGCCAACUGGGGGAAACUUCUAUCCACCCACCCUCAUCACCAAGGUUCAGCCCGUCUCUAUCUGCGUACAGGAGGAGAUCUUCGGUCCUGUGCUGACUGUGCUUACCUUUCGCACGGCCAAAGAGGCCAUAGCAUUGGCCAACAACACUGUUUUUGGUCUGGGAGCCAGUGUCUGGACGGAGAACGUCUCUCUGGGUUUGGAGGUGGCCAUCAGUCUUAAGGCGGGAGCGUGCUGGAUUAACUGUCACAAUCAGUUUGACGCUGCAGCCGGGUUCGGAGGGUACAGGGAGAGUGGCUAUGGGAGAGACGGGGGAAAGGAGGGUUUGAUGGAGUAUGUGAAGCCAUCCUGGAUGGAAAGACCACGCCCAGUAGUUGACCAGGACAAACUGAAAGACUUUGGGGCUAAUGUCGCACCUAGACCUUUGAACCCUGCUCAAAACCAACUCCAAAUCUACCCCACUACCAUGGAGAUAGAUGGAGCACAAGCUCCAAGCAUUGACCACACUGUGAAGAUGUACAUUGGAGGUGCUCAAAAACGACCAGAUGCUACAUAUUGCCGCCCUGUUAUUGGACAAUCUGGUGAUGUGAUUGGUCAAGUCUCUGAGGGGAACAGGAAGGAUAUUCGAGAAGCAGUGGAAGCAGCUCACAAGGCAGCACCAGGAUGGGGCAAACGAGCUGCUCACAAUCGUGCCCAGAUAGUCUACUACAUAGCCGAAAACCUGGAGCUCCGCCAUGGGGAAUUUGCUCAGAAGAUAUCUGCCAUGACGGGUAAGAGCAUAGAGGAAGCAAAGAAAGAAGUAGACCUUUCUAUCCAACGACUGUUUUAUUGGGGAGCCUAUGCUGACAAGUAUGGAGGCACUGUGCAGGAGACCACCUUGUAUGGCUGCACAGUGCGUAUCAACGAACCAGUAGGUGUGGUUGGCAUAGCUUGUCCAGAUGACUACCCACUGUUAUCCUUUGUCUCCCUGUUUUCUCCGGCUGUUGUCAGGGGCAACACCAUCAUCAUCAUACCAAGUGAAAAGUACCCACUCUCGGCCACUGACCUCUAUCAGGUGUUUGACACCUCCGACCUUCCUGGGGGUGUGGUGAACAUUGUGACGGGGCAGAGGGAUCACCUGGCCAAGUAUCUCACAGAGCAUCAGGACAUUGAAGCCAUGUGGUACUUUGGUUCUGCUGAAGGCAGUCUGUUUGUGGAGAGGGAGUCCGUUGGCAAUGUGAAGAGGACCUGGGUCAACUAUGGCCUCUCAAGAGACUGGUCCAGCUCAGAGCAAGGACAGGGAGAGGAGUUCCUGUACCAUGCCACUGAAGUGAAAAACAUUUGGAUUCCCAUGGGAGAAAUUUUUGCUAACUAACCUUUGUAAACCAUUUCUACAUGUAGUGUAUGAUUUUUCCGAUUUUUCCGUUUUAUGCUCUAAUUUUGUUCAAAUAACUAGAUCUACCCAG